AUGGAUCAUAAUGUGGGAGAUUUGGUGAAAGUCAAGGAUGAAGUUGGUACGAUCAGGUUUAUAGGAUCCACAAAGUUUGCACCAGGCAAAUGGUAUGGCAUUGAAUUGAAUCAUCCAAAUGGGAAGAAUGAUGGUUCUAUUCAAGGAGUUAAGUAUUUUGAAUGCUCAAAAGAAGGUUUGUAUGGAGUGUUUGUGAGGGAAAGUAUGAUUUCGGUUGCAAAUGAAAAUUGGCAGAUGAAACUUGAGAACUUGAUUAAAGAAAACAAGCAAUACAAGGAUAAGUUUACUAAGCUUAACGAUGCCCUUGAAAUGAAAAUUAAAGAAUUUCAUGAGACGGAGUCUCGUUUGGAUAUGUCUAGAAUUGACAAUGAAUACCUUCAAAAUACUAAAUUGUCAUUAGAGCGAAAAGUGGAGGAGUUGAGUGCAAAGUAUCAGUCGUUACAAGAAGAAUUUGCAGUUGUAAAAGAGGAGUUGGACAUAAGUCAUGAGUUAGAACGCGAAUUAAAAAACUUAGAUGUGGGUGAAUUUACGGCAAAUGAGAUCAAGGAGGUUCUUGAAAAAGACAAAGUAAAUGAAGAAUCGAUACGGAAAUUGAAACUAGAAAUUAUUUUGAAAUCUGAGAAAAUUGAUUCACUUGAAUCAAACUUAACAAGUUACAAUUCCACUCUCGAGAGUCUGGCUGAGAAAGAUCGAACGAUAAAUGAUUUGAGAGAAAGAAUAGAAUCAUAUUCAGAGCUUGAAAAAAUUACAGAUCGAUUGUCAAUGGAGAAUGAAGAAUUGGUGAAAACUGUCAAAAAACUACAAAAAAACAUAGACGAGUUAACAGAAUUACACGAAUUGAAUGCAAAGAUUGAGGCAGAUUCGAGAUCUAAUGAGAUGGACUUGAUGCAGGAGUUGAGUGCCCUAAGAAAUUCGUUCGAUGAAAAUCAAAUUAAAACUUUGAAUUUGGAAAGACAGCUAGCGGAAUCACGGAAACGUAAAGAUGAUUCAGACAACACUAUCAAAGUCGAUCAACUUAAAAUGCAAUUGAAAAAUUCAGAAAUUGAAAAUUCAAACCUUGAGAUUGAGUUGAGUUUAUUGAAAAAGAAAUUAGACUUACAAAUUUUAAGAACCGACAGUAAGAAUUUGAGUCUUUUGGAUAAAGAUUACGUUGAUCUUGUGUUUGACUUGAAAUUUCAACUCUUAUUUGUGAGCACAAUCGUUGACAAAAUUCCAUCAUCAUAUUCACUGGGUUACAAUACCAUCAAAAGUGUAAUUGAAAUGAUUAUCAAACUUCUAGAAUACAAUUACAACAAUGUGAACGUUGAAUUCGUGAAAACCAUAGCUAUGGAAUUUAGAAGCCACAUUGUACCUUUGACUGAGACGUUAUUGAUUAAAACUUCACAAUGUGAUCAAAUGUUUGAGGCGUUACUUGAAGAGAGCAAUAGUGCUAUUAAAAAAUUAGCCGAUAACGACAAGCAGUUAAACUUAAAGCUGUUUUACUUGUUGAAGCAGAUACAGUCAUUAAUUGACGUUGUGCUAGAUUAUGCUGGAACCGCUCCAGAAUUACCAUCUUUGCAUAGAGUGUUAAGUGAAUUGAAUGUUAAAUUAAAAACUGAGCAAAACUUUAUUGCUGUUUUCCCUUAUGACAAAUAUCUCAAUCUAUUUGAAUUUCAACGAUUGAGGAUUAGCAAUGCGAAUGAUCAAGAAUUGAAGACAAAGCUUAACUCGAUUGAAAAUUCUUUCGAGAAUUUUGAAAUACAAACGCAGGAAUCACCAAAUGCACUAAAAUCAUUGUAUGAUAUUGAGAUCCUACCUGAAUCUUCGGAUUUGAAUUCACAUGAACCAUUGCUUUUAGAGAAGGAUAAAGAAAUAGCAGAUUUGAACCUCAACAUAGCUAUUUUACAACAGAAUAUGAAAUUAUUCACAAAACAAACUAAGACCAAAAUUCAUGAGUUGGAAACCCAACUAGCGAAAUCAAUGGAAGAAUCAAAAAUUCAGUUGGACACUAUCAAUAAUUUGACAACAGAUAAUCAGCACCUAAAGCGUGAGUUAAAUUCAAUAGAAGAUCAAUUUUUAUUUCAAAAUAAGAACUUUGAUUCAAUAGAAGCGCAAAAGGAAUACAAUGAAAAAAUGAGAAAGUUCGAAAAACUAAUGGAUUUAAAGAGGAAAGUUACCACUAACUACGUUGAAGAUUUGUCUGGACUUGAUCCUAUCGAUACGUCCAAGACAUGGAAUUAUGUUUCACCAUUACAAGUGUUGGGCAAAGACAUUAGAAAAAUUGUAGAAUUCACAACAUCAGUAAAGGUCAACCCUACCAAUGAUUGGGCCCAUAAAAAAGUCACACCAAGAUAUAUCAAUGCAUGUAUUGAAGAACAAUUUGAAAUUUAUAAAUCUAAGAAAUCAAAUCUAGUUUCCUGCUACUCUUCUUCAGCCUCCACUUAG